AUGUCACUGUCAUACUUACAUCACUCUGCUCAUCUAGCUGUCAGUCCCGACCAGACCAUCGUCUGUGAGGGAUGGCUCCUCAAGAAGAGAAGGAAGAAAAUGCAGGGUUUCGCUCGUCGCUAUUUCGUGCUGCAUGAAUCUGGCAUCCUCUCGUACUCUCUCAGCCCAAAGCACCCAGUUCGCGACCAAAUCGCUAUUCCCCACGCUGCUCUCUCUACUGCAGAGGGGCGCAAGGAUAUCCACGUAGAUUCAAACAAUGCAACUUUCCAUAUCAAAUGCCUCACCACGGAGGAUUUCAACACGUGGAUGGCAGCGUUUAGAAAGUUCAUCACAGCAGACGGACGUAAAUCUACGGCAGCCAGCAGGAUAUCGAGACUCGGCCACUCGCAAUGGAACCGGUCCAGUAUCAUUGCUGAAGACAUGGGCUCGGUUAUUGCCGAACUGGAGACUGCAAUUGCACUCCUCCAGAUAGAUGACUCGCACAAGAAAAGCAGCUCCCUAAAAUCCAAGUCAGACAAGGAGAGGCCCAAUCACAAAGAUAACAAGUUUAGCAUGUUCAAGAAAGCUGGGGGACACCAUGAAGAUGGAACACUCGCCAAACCGAUGACCGAAGCCGAUUUUCAUGCGCGCUACCAGCGAAUAAUCGCAACGCUUGAAACACUGAAAACUCAACAUGCUAUGCUACUUCGGUCCCUCAAUGGCAUGCAGGGCGACGCGUCCCAGCCAGCAGCUAGAGCGUCACCUCUCCCCGCAACAGCCGAAGGCAAACCCGAAGAGUUACUGCCUCCUUCGCGUUUCUCUACGGCGCUGACGCGUAGAUCGAAGAGGGCAUCGUCGAUAAGUAGUCUGAGUGAUGGUGCCCCGGUGGAGUGGUUCGAUGCUCAGGAUGAUGUUGGAGAAGAGUUUGUGCUGGAAGAGCCGACCCCGGAUGAAGAAAGGGGUCCUAUCGCGCUGCAGACUAGUUUCUCCGGCGAUAAAGAAUAUGAAAGCACGUCUAGUGAUGAUGAAGAGACCGCACCGCAUCUAUCAAAGCCAGAGCCAGACUUAACGCUGCAAGCGCGCCAAGUCGCCCGGAGGACCUGUCUGCCGUGCGGUCCAGUAGGUGAUGAGGGUAGUUUGUUCACUAUGCUGAAGAAGAACGUGGGCAAGGACCUCUCGACCAUUACUUUCCCGGUAUCUUUUAAUGAACCUUUGACUAUGCUCCAGCGGGCAGCGGAAGAAAUGGAGUAUCAUGAACUUCUUCAGCAGGCUGUUGAUAGCAAGGAUCCCGUCGAACGAAUAUGCUUUGUUGGGGCGUUCGCAGUAUCUGGCUACGCACACACAAGACAUCGUACUGGUCGGAAAGGAUUCAACCCCAUGCUUGCAGAGACCUUUGAAGAUACUCGCAUGAAGUUCAUCGCAGAGAAAGUUUUACACAACCCAGUCGUUAUUGCUUAUCACGCCGAAGGCAAUGGAUGGCACCUAGACGGAAAGUCUGCCGGCAAGACAAAGUUCUGGGGGAAGAGCCUGGAAGUUAUACCCCUCGGGACAACUCAACUUAAGAUCGAGGGAGACGUCUACGAGUGGAACAAGCCGUCGUCUUUCAUACGAAAUCUGAUGAUGGGAACGAAAUAUUUUGAGCACUGCGGCAAGAUGACGAUCAAGAACCUCACGAACGGACUCAGUUGCACCAUAGAGUUUAAACCGGCUGGUUACUGGGGCGUGUCGAAUGAAGUUGCGGGUGCAGUUGUAUCACCUUCAGGAGAAUGGGAUGAGCAACUCGCUUUGGCCCUUGAUCCCUCGCACCUUCGCGUGCUAUGGCGUAUUUCGCCGUUCCCGAAACAGGCCCUCGAUUACUACGGGUUCACAGCAUACGGCAUCACUCUAAACGAGAUCACAAGUGACCUAGAAGGUAAACUUCCGCCAACUGACUCGCGACUGCGCCCGGAUGUUCGGGCUCUUGAAGAGGGGAACGUUGAUUUGGCAGAAGAACAGAAGACACAGUUGGAAGAGCGACAGAGGGAACGCCGAAGAAGGGGGGCCGACAGAGAACCCCGGUGGUUUAAACAAAGUGGGGAGGAUUGGUUAUAUGUCGGAGGAUACUGGGAAGCAAGGGCAAAGGGAUGGAAGGACUCGCCGGUGGAGCCUUUGUGGUGA